CCCCAUAGCUCCCUACCCCAGGAGACCUGCAGUGGGGCAGGGAGCAGGGGGGCUGGCUGUGGAGAGCCCAUGUGUUCUCCUCACCCCCAGACGGGCACCUUCCGCAUCGUCUCGGAGGAGGAGCAGGCCCUGCGCUCCAAGCUGGAGCGCCUCACCACCAAGGACCACGGCCCUGUCUUUGGGAGGUGCGAGAAGAUCCCCCCACACACCCUGCAGAAGGCGAAGGAUGAGCUGAACGAGACGGUGGAGCAGAGGGAGGUGGCGGUGAAGGCGCUGCGGGAGCUGGUGCGGGAGCGGGCGGGCGGCGAGGACGUGUGCCAGGCGGUGGCAGAGAAGGUGCAGGACAAGGACGACUCCUUCCUCCUCCGCUUCAUUCGUGCCCGCAAGUUCGAUGUCCACAGGGCCUAUGACCUGCUGAAAGGCUACGUCAGCUUCCGCCAGCAGUACCCGGAGCUCUUCGACAACCUGAGCCCCGAGGCCGUGCGCAGCACCAUCGAGGCCGGCUACCCCGGCAUCCUGGCCAGCAGGGACAAGCAUGGCCGGGUCGUGAUGCUCUUCAACAUCGAGAACUGGGACUACGAGGAGAUCACCUUCGAUGAGAUCCUUCGUGCCUACUGCAUUAUCUUGGAGAAGCUACUGGAAAACGAAGAGACCCAGAUCAAUGGGUUCUGCAUCAUUGAGAACUUCAAGGGCUUCACCAUGCAGCAGGCAUCAGGGAUCAAACCCUCCGAGCUCAAGAAGAUGGUGGACAUGCUGCAGGACUCCUUCCCAGCGCGGUUCAAGGCCGUGCACUUCAUCCACCAGCCCUGGUACUUCACCACCACCUACAACGUGGUCAAACCAUUCCUGAAGAGCAAACUCCUGGAGAGGGUCUUUGUGCAUGGAGAGGAGCUGGAGUCCUUCUACCAGGAGAUCGAUGCUGACAUCCUGCCGGCAGACUUUGGUGGCACCCUGCCCAAGUACGAUGGCAAAGCUACUGCAGAGAAGCUCUUUGGGCCACGCAUCGAGGCUGAAGACACAGCUCUCUAACCCAGCACAGUGGUGGCCCCCUAAGCCCAGCCACCCCCUUGCCGUAGCAUUGGUUGGAUGACUGCUCGUGAUGAGGUUGUUCCUCGCCUGUCUCUCCUUUUGCCUCCCCACACCAGGCAGCAGACUGCCCAGCAGCUCUGUCCCCCCCCAGGCAGAGCAUCCUUCUCUCAGGAGCCAGCACAGGAAGGAGGAUACCAGCCCUGGAGCUGUGGUGGGGGGACAGGGGAGCAUCUGUUCUGGGAAGGGAGGGCUACAGAGAGGCAGUAAUAAAGUGGUAUUGAGCAGCAGAGCUCUGGGGUUGCUUAUGGCAUGUGGCAAGGAACAGGGGCUCCUUUUGGGUGCAGGCACACUGACUGUGCUGCUGGUUCUGAGGAGGCCAGCAGUGUCACUGCUUGGUAGCAGACCUCUGUUGCCCCUCCCAUCACUGACUGUCCUUUGGCACAGGGGCCAAGGAACCAGCAGUCUCCGUCCUCCCUGCAUCCCAAUGUGAGCAUCACCCCUGCCCACACAAGGACCCUCAGUUCUCAGUCAUCUGCUCUAACCAGGAAAGAGAAAACAGCCCAGAAGAUGCAGGAACCCAACCAGUGCCCCAGGCUCUGUGUAAUUCCUGCUCAGGCAGGCACGGAGGAGGAACAGAGGCUGCAGCACCCGCUAAGACUAGGAGAUGGAUUUAUCCAUAGGAGAGUGAGGGACAAGCAGAACAUACCCUCCUGCAUCCUUCAGAAGCUGUUUCUCCUGGUCCUGUGCUGUGGGAGGGAGCCCUACCAAAAGCCACCAUAGAGGGCAGAGGGUCCUUGCCUGGAAAAUGAGUUGUGCUGAUAGUAAAGCCAAUUAAUUCUUGCUCAUGUGGAGUCAGCAGC